AUGGGCAGAGGGAUUGGGGGCAUUGGGGGCCCCGCCCACGGCCCCGGGACACGGAUUCUCCGCGCGCCGGACACGCCCCCUCCACGGCAGGCCCCGCCCACGUCCCGGGACACGCCCCUCCGCGCGCGGGACACGCCCCCAGCCCGUCAGACACACGCCCCCUCCGCCGCGCACCAACCGCCUCCUCAGCCCGUCAGACCGACGCCCCCUCCGCGUGAGGCCCCGCCCACGGCCCCGGGACACGCCCCUCCGCGCGCGGGACACGCCCACAGCCCGUCAGACACACGCCCCCUCCGCCGCGCGCCCACCGCCUCCUCAGCCCCAGGACACGCCCCCUCCUCGACAGGCCCCGCCCACGUCCCGGGACACGCCCCUCCGCGCGCGGGACACGCCCCCAUCCCCUCAGACACACGCCCCCUCCGCGUGAGGCCCCGCCCACGGCCCCGGGACACACCUCCCCUCCGCGCGCGGGACACGCCCCCAGACCCAGGACAUACCCCCGCCGCCCCGGCCCCCUCCGCGCGCGGGACACGCCCACAGCCCCAAGGCACGGCCUCUCCGCGCGCGGGACACUGCCUCAGCCCGUCAGGCACACGCCCCCUCCGUGGGGCCGCGCCCACGGCCCCGGGACACACCGCCCCUCCGCGCGCGGGACACGCCCCCAGCCCGUCAGACCGACGCCCUCCGCGACAGGCCCCGCCCACGUCCCGGGACACGCCCCCCCGCGCGCGGGACGCGCCCCCAGCCCGUCAGACACACGCCCCCUCCGCCACGCGCCCACCGCCUCCUCAGCCCCAGGACACGCCCCCUCCGCGACAGGCCCCGCCCACGUCCCCGGGACACGCCCCUCCGCGCGCGGGACACGCCCGCAGCCCGUCAGACGCACGCCCCCUCCGCCGCGCGCCCACCGCCCCCUCAGCCCGUCAGACAGACGCCCCCCCCCCUCGCGUGAGGCCCCGCCCACGUCCCCGGGACACGCCCCUCCGCGCGCGGGACACGCCCACAGCCCCAGGCCCCGCCCCCGCCGCGCACCAACCGCCUCCUCAGCCCGUCAGACAGACGCCCCCCUCCGCGGGGGCCCCGCCCACGUCCCCGGGACACGCCCCUCCGCGCGCGGGACACGCCCGCAGCCCGACAGACACACGCCCCCUCCGCCGCGCGCCCCACCGCCCCCUCAGCCCGUCAGACAGACGCCCCCCGCCCCGCGUGAGGCCCCGCCCACGUCCCCGGGACACGCCCCUCCGCGCGCGGGACACGCCCACAGCCCCAGGCCCCGCCCCCGCCGCGCACCAACCGCCUCCUCAGCCCGUCAGACAGACGCCCCCUCCGCGGGGGCCCCGCCCACGUCCCCGGGACACGCCCCUCCGCGCGCGGGACACGCCCGCAGCCCGACAGACACACGCCCCCUCCGCCGCGCGCCCACCGCCCCCUCAGCCCGUCAGACAGACGCCCCCGCCCCGCCCCCAGGCCCCGCCCCCGCCGCGCACCAACCGCCUCCUCAGCCCGUCAGACAGACGCCCCCUCCGCGGGGGCCACGCCCACGGCCCCGGGACACGCCCCUCCGGGAGCGAGACAGGCCCCCAGCCUGUCAGACACACGCCCCCUCCGCGUGAGGCCCCGCCCACGGCCCCGGGACACGCCCCUCCGCGCGAGGGACACGCCCCCAGCCCGUCAGACACCCCCCUCCGCGUGGGGCCACGCCCACUGGCUCAGGACACGCCCCUCCGAGCGCGGGACACGCCCACAGUCCCAGGACACGCCCUCAAACCCAGGCCGCUCCCUGACAAACACGCAGGCCACGCCCCCUCCGCGCGCGGGACAUGCGCCCAGCCCCGGGAGGGCACAGGCCACGCCCUCACAUACAGGCCACGCCCCCGCGGGGAGCGGGACACGCCCACAACCCGUCGGAGACACGCCCCCUCCACCUCCUCAGCCCCAGGACACGCCCCGUCGCGUGUAGGCCGCGCCCUCAGGCCAGGCCACGCCCAUCCGCACGGGGCCACGCCCCUCAAACACGGGCCACGCCCCCGCUGCGCGACUGCCACGCCCUCAGCCUGUAGGUGUCACGCCCUCCGACCCAGGACACGCCCCCUAGCGCGCGAGGGCCACGCCCGCAGCCCCAGGAAGGCGCGGGCCACGCCCUCAGACGCAGACCACGCCCCCUCCGCGCGCGGGACACGCCCAUAA